GUCAACUUCGUCUAGCGGGUACCCGGCGCACAAGACAAGAUAUGGGUCGUGUGGAAAUAUUAUUUGGGGCUGCAUGGACUACUCCUUGUGUCAGUACCUUCAGCAGUAGCCUUGCAAAAGUUCUUUGCAGACAGAUGAAUUUUCCCUCAAAAGCAGCAACUGCUGUGGAGUCAUCAUCCUUUGGACCGAGGACAGGACGUUUCCUUGUCGCUGGUAUUGUGUGCACGGGCAUGGAGUCCAACAUACUGGGCUGUUUCCAGACAGUUACUGGCUUCAGUGAUACGUGCUCUUCACCUGAGCUUGGCGUAAUCUGCAGUGAUUCGAGAUCCUCUCUUUUCAUCGUUGUGGAGACAAGCUCUACCAGCCCUGCCUACCCACUGAUGGAGGGAACCAAUGUUACACUGAAAUGCGUCUCCUCACAGCGAGGUCUGUCACAUCUCAACUUCUCUUGGCCAGAGACUGCAGGUGGCCGUCCUUCUGGUGAAUACCUCAUCUUUGACAACCUGACCAGAUCACACAAUGGAGGCAGAGUGAGGUGUAUGGCCAGCUAUGGACAGCCUCCGAGAACUCAAAUUGCUACGAGUGACACAUUGGAAAUGGAUGUAUAUUAUCGGCCUGUGGUUAGAAUAAAAUGGGAAGGAAACACGUGUGAACCUCUGGAGUCCAGUCCAAGUCGCUGUGUUGUCAGUCAAUACCAGCAAGUCAUUCUUUACUGUGAGGCUGACAGCAACCCUCCUCCUGCUUCUGCAAGAUGGUCUGGACCGGUUAAAAAUGUCACCGGACAGUUACAUAUAUCCUCUGCAAAUAAGACCAAUCACAAUGGUCGAUACUUCUGUAUUGUGUCAUCUGAGUCAGUGUCCAGUGAUGGCCGUCUGCCAUUAGUUCGACAUACAGCCUUUGAAGUCAUUGUAAAAUACCGAGCCCACGUAUUGAACUUCAAAAUAAACGCUGAAGCCAGAACGGUUGUGACCGUUGCUGAAAACUCGAGCGUGCGCAUGCGCUGUGAAGCUGAGGGGAGGCCAUCACCUCACAUGACGAUUGUCAGUGUUUCCAACGACAAGCAAGAGGUCGCCAGCAGGCCUCGAGGUGCAGUUCAAAGUCCUGAUCCAAGUGUUGCGUUAACAUAUGACUUAACUGCAACACCUUGCGAGGCAGGCAGGUGACUACAGGUGUGAGGUGGACAACGGAGUUGGACAAGAAAGUCGUAACAUUAGGCUUUACGUUGAGUGUGCUCCUAGGAUAAAGAAUGGCGAAAAACAGCCUACAAUUCUUGAUGUGAAACGAAGGUCUUUUGAGUGUUCAACUGAUAGCAUACCCAACACCGAAAGUCAAAAACACUCUCUACCUUGGGCAAUAUAUUAACAACAGCAACGAAGGGACAUCAGUAAAAGAGAAGAUUAUUGUCACGUGUGAGAAAAACAUCUCUUCUCCCUCUUUACUAAUCUGCAACAUCACGACCAUCAACAUGACAGAGGCUGAUGAAGGGCUCUAUAAAAUCAUUUUUACGAAUAACCUUGGGGAGCUGUCCUUUUAUGUUCAUGAUAAGGCAUAAUGAGGACAUUGGAGUCAACUUGUAUGUCAUCGUUGGUGCAGCUGUUGCAAGUGCUGUUGUACUAGCUGUUGCCAUUGCUGUGACGGUCCUCAUAGCCCGGAAUUGCAGAGGCACGA